UAAAUGCAUCGCUAAUGAACUAGCAAGGCCGAAAAUUAGAGUACGAAAUGGCAGCCUUUAUCAGACUAUAACAUUUCAGAUCCCAUGAGUUCCGAAGAUACAACUGAUACAACUGACAAUGCGACGGCGGCGGCGGCGGCGGCCGAUUCCUUUGGCGUAACUGCACAAACGAAUUGGGUUCAAUUUGAGGAGGAGACAGAUUCGAAAAAAGCUACUAAUGUCGAAAGAAAAGCCGGCAACAGUAGCACGCCCGCCGUAAUAAAACCCGAGUCGGUUACUGUACAGGUCGACAAAAUCGGCAAAAAUAUUGACCCACCUGAUAUUAAUAAUAAGAAAACCAAUGAGUAUAGAGGUGCUGUGAUAGCAACCGAAUCCGUCCAGAUUAACUUAGAUAGAUCAGGUUUAAGUCGUUCUAUCACGUCCGAGACUCCGGAUCUUAAAUUACCAUCUGACGUUCGAACGUCAGAAGUCAAGAGCGCUUCAUUAAAGACCAUCGACUUGAGAGAUGUGUCCAAUGGAAGAAAUGCACCGAGUAACGUUAUUACUACGUCGAUUGGAAAUAUCAGGCAGGGUUUUGCCAAUGGCGAUACCAUAGUUACUCUUCUGCCGGUAAAUACUAAGUGGCCGUGGAUUACUCCGGCCAGAUUCAGACCGGAAUUGGUGCCGGAGGAAUUGAUGGCACAAGGAUUAACCCUUACAGUAGAAGAUUAUGUUCACAUAAUGGAAUUACUUGUGAACGAUGUACGCUUCAAUAUGUAUAAUAUAUGCUACAAGAGGAUUCUCGUCCUUUGGAUAUUCACCGCCUUCGUUGUGCUGCUUGGUUUAUUGUUUUCCGGUGUGACUGGCCUUACUUUAUUCGGACUGGGUGUUAUGUGGUUAAUUCUAAAUGCAGCUGCAAUAUUCUUCUGCAUGUUUAUCAAAAUAAAGCUCAAUCAUAAUCUUGAGAAAUGUAUGGCUCAAGUUAACAAACAUUUAUUAAGACAUAAAAUAUUAUUGGGAUUAGAUGAUAGAGGGAAAAUCUCCUGCCACAAAGUUAAUCUGUGUUUCAUAUAUUUUGACACCACGGAUUGCGUUAAAAAGCUGCAAGAAGUAAUAGAACGGGAAGAACGCGAAGGUAGAAUAAUUGGUGGCGAUGAUGCAAACGAUAUAAAUCGACAACGAGAAUUACAGCAACGUAUGGACAUUGACGACAGUGACAUUGUUAUACAAGGCAGCACUACUACAAGAAUCUCUCGUAAACAGGGUAAAAACGAACAAGUAUUCUGCCGUUAUGUGCAACGUUGGGCGAAGGAUUACUUACGUCGGCGUUUGGAUUGGACAGUUGACGAGGAGGGUGGAAAUCCUUCUUCGCCACGUCAUUUAGCGUCCGCUCUGUGUCCUUGUCAAUAUAUAGAGGAAUGGUUACGUAAUAAACCACGCGUUCAGGGCAGAGACUUUUGUCCUAGAUGGAGUAGUUUUCUCAGAGACAGAGGCAUUUGAGAAAUAUGAUUAUUCCAUGCUGCUUAUAAAGAUACACACGCUGUUUCACAAUUACACAAAAAUUGCAGAGAUUUUAUGAUUUAUUAAGUUUUCUCGAAUGCGCAUAACUAAACGUAUAAAUAGCUUCCAAAGAAAAUUACAAUUUACUUUUAUCGAUUCGCAAGUAAUUUUUGCCGUAAUCCUUUGUUUUUA